AUUAGUUGGAGAUGGAAGGAUGCUUUUGAAUCUCUAGAGAUUGGGAUUUUGGGGUUCAGAUCUGAGAUCUGCAAUAAGGAGGAGGUUUCUGAUUAUUGGAAAUAGUUGUGUUCUAUGUCACUGGUUACUGUGCUGACGAGCAUGAAAUCCUUUUCAUUGCUUUUCUUCUUUCUUCCACUUCUUAUCUGUCAUUGCAAUGGAUUCUAUCUUCCGGGAAGCUACAUGCGCACCUAUUCUGAAGGUGAAACCAUAUGGGUGAAAGUGAAUUCCCUCACCUCAAUUGAGACCGAGCUUCCUUUCAACUACUACUCUCUUCCCUACUGCAAACCCCAGGAUGGGAUCAAGAAAAGUGCUGAAAAUUUAGGAGAGCUCUUGAUGGGUGAUCAAAUUGACAACUCUCCUUACAAAUUCAACGUUAAUGUCAACGAAUCUAUUUACCUCUGCACCACCAAAGCUUUGAGCGAGCAUGAGGUGAAGCUACUGAAACAGAGAACCCGUGAUCUGUACCAGGUGAAUAUGAUACUUGAUAAUCUUCCUGUCAUGAGAUUAACUCAACAGAAUGGCAUCACAAUCCAGUGGACUGGAUUCCCUGUUGGCUACUCACCAACUGGUACCAACGAUGAUUACAUUAUUAAUCACCUGAAAUUUAAAGUCAUGGUUCAUGAAUAUGAAGGUAAACGUGUGGAGAUUAUUGGCACCGGGGAAGAAGGGAUUGGAGUUAUCUCAGAAACGGAUAAGAACAAAAUGUCUGGUUAUGAAAUCGUAGGAUUUGAGGUUAUCCCUUGCAGUGUUAAAAGAGAUCCUCAAAGCAUGUCAAAGCUUAAUAUGUAUGAUAAGAUUGAUCCAGUAAUCUGUCCUUUAGAGCUCGAUAAGUCUCAGGUUAUUCGCGAGCAAGAACGAAUAACUUUCACCUACGAAGUCGAAUUCGUGAAAAGCAAUAUAAGGUGGCCCUCCCGAUGGGACGCGUAUUUGAAGAUGGACGGUGCUAGGGUUCACUGGUUCUCCAUCAUGAACUCUGUCAUGGUCAUCUUCUUCCUAGCCGGUAUAGUCUUUGUUAUAUUCUUGAGGACAGUUCGAAGAGAUUUGACCAGAUACGAAGAACUGGAUAAGGAAUCACAGGCUCAGAUGAACGAGGAACUCUCCGGCUGGAAGCUCGUCGUUGGCGAUGUCUUCCGCGAGCCAAACUGCUCGAAGCUUCUCUGUAUAAUGGUCGGAGAUGGUAUUCAGAUCACCGGGAUGGCCGUCGUAACCAUAGUUUUCGCCGCUCUCGGGUUCAUGUCGCCCGCCUCAAGAGGAAUGCUCUUAACCGGAAUGAUCCUUCUCUAUCUCUUCCUUGGCAUUGCUGCCGGCUACGUUGGCGUACGGUUAUGGAGAACCAUCAAAGGUGGGUCGGAAGGAUGGCGGCCGUUAGCCUGGCUCAUCGCCUGCUUCUUCCCCGGCAUUGUAUUCGUCAUCUUAACAAUCUUAAAUUUCAUUCUUUGGGGCAGCAACAGCACCGGAGCGAUCCCCAUUUCACUGUUCUUCACUCUCUUAGCAUUGUGGUUCUGUAUUUCGGUGCCUCUCACUCUCCUUGGAGGAUUCCUAGGUACCAGAGCAGAGCACAUACAGUACCCUGUUCGAACGAACCAGAUUCCGAGAGAAAUCCCAGCUCGGAAAUAUCCGUCGUGGCUUCUCAUCCUUGGGGCCGGAACCCUUCCCUUCGGCACUUUAUUCAUUGAACUCUUCUUCAUCCUCUCCAGCAUUUGGCUCGGGAGGUUCUAUUAUGUCUUUGGGUUUCUGCUCGUUGUCUUUAUUCUGCUCGUCGUCGUCUGUGCUGAGGUUUCGGUGGUGCUGACGUAUAUGCACCUCUGUGUUGAGGAUUGGAGGUGGUGGUGGAAGGCUUUCUAUGCUUCUGGUUCUGUGGCAUUAUAUGUCUUCCUUUACUCCAUUAAUUACUUGAUAUUUGACUUGAGGAGCUUGAGUGGACCUGUAUCAGCCAUUCUGUACCUUGGAUAUUCUCUCAUAAUGGCUUUUGCAGUGAUGCUGGUAACAGGUACUAUUGGUUUUCUCACAUCCUUAUAUUUUGUUCACUAUCUCUUCUCUUCAGUGAAGAUUGAUUAGAAAAGAUUAUGCUUUGGACUGAAGAAGGUGGGUCUCUGCCAAAUUUAACUUCAGAUUUAGAGAGAAAUGUUAGUUGAUGAGGUAAGGAUUAAGUAACAUCAGAUGUUCAAGCCAUAUUGUUUUUUUUUAAUAUUGCUUUGAUAUGCAUGAGAUUAUUAUAGGGUUUU